ACUCACUGGAAAUCAUAAAUCGCAAGCCGUCACAAUGAGUUGCAAGUCGGAAGAUGCCGAUGAGAGGCUGAAUCGCCUCGCGAGAGUGCGGGAAAAUCAACGCAAAAGUCGUGCGCGAAGGCAACAGUACAUCGAAGAACUCGAGCAGAAAGUGGCGGUAUGCAACGCGCAAGCUCAGCAAAGGGAGAUUGAACAUUUGAUUGCGCUCCAGAAACUGGAGGCUGAGAAUGCGAAACUACGCUCGCUGUUGCAACGAGUGGGACUCGCUCCCAACGUUGUGGAAGACUUUUUGAAAGACGCAUCGCAACCGACUGUGUCAGAAAAGAUAGCGAUUCCACGACUCAAGGUGACUACAUCUCUGCAGCCUUCCUCAAGUCAAUACCAUACCCCUACGAUCAAGUCCGACGAGCCAUAUACACCGACUUCAGUGACCAGUAUCACUGCAACCUGCACUACCAACGUACCUUGUGCGCCGACAAACAAUUACGAUGUCACGAGGAAGAAACCCGACGGUUGUUGUGGUCCAGCUUCGGCGACAGAUAUCACUGCAUCUUGUAGUAGCAGUAACUCUUGCGCACCAGCAAGCCAGUACGCCGCCACCAUGCAAAGGACUAACGAGCCAUGUAUUCCACCUUCAUCGGAAAGUGCAAGCUGCAACAACAAUGUAUCUUCCGAGUCGUUGAACAAUUCUACAACGCCCAAACCUCUUGAGCCACCCGUGCUAAUUCCUGUGGACCCUGUGGCGACUCAACAGCAGAACAUCAAAUUACCACCGAUAGCCUCCCUAUGUGAUUGUGGACCAGAGUCGAUAUCCAAGUGGCCAAGGAUUAAUAGCCCUACCAACACCACUCUCUGCGAAGUCGCCCAAGAUUUGAUCGAUCAGUAUAAUACUCACGGAGUGGACCUCAAUGUCAUAAAGCAGAGACUUUGGGCGGGUUUCCGUAAUGGCGAUACCAAUGGUUGCCGGGUGCAGAAUAAUGUGUUGUUUGAGGUUUUGGAUGAGAUUAGUGGAGAUGCGCCUAUGUCAGGUGGUACUUGACUUUACGUUUCGAACGCGCUUUGGAUACACAUUUACCAUUGCCUAAAUACUGACUCUUGAUGAGUCUCGACAAAGUGAAACCGGCAGGCGCCGUCAGCUCUAGGGUACGCCUAUAUAAGAACGUGCGGUUCAUAAGCUAGGGAACUACGGCUCUUUUUUCCCCCCGGGUUUCACGGGUAUUUCUACGACCGAGUCUCGAAGUGGAACAACAUAACGACGGUACCACUGACUCUGAGGAACUCGAAACAAACUCUCCCGACUUUGGGAGUGCAUGCGCUGCACUCGAGUUAAACCGACACCAAUUAUGUGGUAGAAGCUAUAUCGACAUACAGUAUUUACGCUGCGAGGUAGUGGAUUGUCAGUGGACUGUCCGACGAAUGAGUGAGCCCUACAUGCAGGCAGAGACAUCAACAUUUUGAGACAUACCUGACCACUCAUUGUCAUAUGCAUCUGUACCUCUCUUUCACAGUAUGUGUCUCUGCAAAAAGCCAACUGGGAUUUUCAAUGUUUCGGUUUUUUAUCAUGUUUCGGGAUAUCUGCACUGUUGAAGAUGACGAGCCGAAUGUUUAGCGGGUUGUCAUCGAGCACAUAGAACAUACAACUGUAUAUAGAAUAUGAUUUUACACGCUAACGAGUCAAUCCAGAAUCGUUUUCUAC